GGCCGGCGGGGCCGCCGCAUUUAGCGGCCGCCGGGGCCGGUGCGGAGCCGGUGCCGGGGCCGGUGCGGGAUGGAGCGGGCGCCGGGGGCGGCGCUGGCCCCGGGGCUCAUCAAGUCGCCGCGGCCGCUGAUGAAGAAGCAGGCGGCGAAGCGGCACCACCACAAGCACAACCUCAAGCACCGCUACGAGUUCCUGGAGACGCUGGGCAAGGGCACCUACGGCAAGGUGAAGAGAGCCCGCGAGCGCUCCGGCAAGCUGGUGGCUAUCAAGUCGAUCCGGAAAGACAAAAUCAAGGAUGAGCAGGACCUCGUCCAUAUCCGGAGAGAAAUUGAGAUCAUGUCAUCCCUCAAUCACCCCCAUAUCAUCGCCGUCCACGAAGUGUUCGAGAACAGCAGCAAGAUCGUCAUCGUGAUGGAGUACGCCAGCAAGGGGGACCUGUACGACUACAUCAGCGAGCGGCAGAGGCUGUCGGAGCAGGAGGCGCGCCACUUCUUCCGCCAGGUCGUCUCCGCCGUCUACUACUGCCACAAGAACGGCAUCGUUCACAGGGACCUGAAGCUGGAGAACAUCCUGCUCGACGCGAACGGGAACAUCAAGAUUGCAGACUUUGGCCUCUCCAAUGUUUACCAGCAGGACAAGCUCCUGCAGACGUACUGCGGCAGCCCGCUCUACGCCUCUCCUGAGAUCAUCAACGGGAGGCCCUAUAAGGGCCCGGAGGUAGACAGCUGGUCUCUCGGCGUUCUCCUCUACAUCCUGGUCCAUGGUACGAUGCCGUUUGAUGGCCAAGACUACAAGACUCUGGUCAAGCAGAUCACAAGCGGGGACUACCGGGAGCCCACGAAGCUAUCGGACGCCUGUGGGCUGAUCCGGUGGAUGCUGAUGGUGAACCCGGAGCGCCGAGCCACCAUCGAAGACAUCGCCUCUCACUGGUGGGUGAACUGGGGCUACAAAGUGCCCGUCGGGGAGCAAGAGAUGCUGCGGGAGAGCGAGUCCCCCCUGGCCACGGUGGCGGAGUGGCUGCGCCGAUCCUCCCGGCCCCUCUUCGAGAACGGCUCCAAGAUGCGCUGCUUCUUCAAGCAGCACAUCCCCGGCGCCGCCCUGGAGAGGCAGCGCUCCCUCAAGAAGUCCAAGAAGGAGAACGACAUCUCCCAGGUGCUGCAGGAGGUGGCCGUGGCCCCGGAGAGCCCCGCCAAGUCCAUCCUGAAGAGGCCCAAGGGCAUCCUGAAGAAGAGAAGCUCCAGCGACCAGAAGGCGCCCGGCCCCAGCCCUCCGCAGGCGGCUGCCGCUGCAGAGGCGAGGGACGAGGAGGGCGAAGCAGCCGCCGCGGGUCUGACCCGUAUCCUGUCCGCUCGGGCCCUGGCCUGCGGCGAGGCCAGCAGAGCGGUCCCCGUGGCCCUGCCCAGGAAGGGGAUCCUGAAAAAGCCCCCGACGAGGGAGUCGGGCUACUCCUCCUCCCUGGAGCGCUGCGAGUCGCCGGAGGUGCCGGACUGCGAGGGCCUGGACCUCGACGCCAGCGUGUUUGCUGACGUUCCCCCCCCGGAGCCGGGCCCCGAGGGCCUCCCCGCCCGCCGCAAAGGCAUCCUGAAGCACAACGGCAAGUUCUCCUCCAGCAGCGCCGAGUCGGACGGCCUGCCGGGGCCGGGCUUCGGCGAGGUGCCCCUGCCCGCGGUGGCCUCCCGCGCGCGGCCCUCCAGCGCCGUGAGCGAGGACAGCAUCCUCUCCACCGAGUCCUUCGACCAGCUCGACCUGCCCGCCCGCGUCCCCGACGGCGGCGGGGGCAUGCGGGGCUGCGUCUCCGUCGACAGCUUCCUCGGGCUGGGGGAGAUGGAGGAGGAGGAGGAGGCAGGGCGCCGGCUCCGCUGCUGGACCGUGACCCACUGCCAGACCCCCCUGGCCGAGAGCCUCUUCUCCCUGGCGGACUGCGACAACGUCACCGAGGUCUACAGGCGCGCCGUGGCCCUCAGCAUGAAGCUGAGCUGAGCGGGGCCGGAGCCCGGCCGGGCCGUGGGACCCGGAGGGACCGAACCCCGGGCUGGUCCGGCCGCUGCCCCAGGCCCCGCGGUGGCGGUCCGGUGGCCUCCUCGCUCCGCCGUCCUCCCUUCACAAACAGGUUCAUCAUCUCAAGGUGGGGGGAGAAAGGGGGGUUGUUGCUUGUUUUUUUUUCCUUUGCACUGUUCUGGCUGCACAAGCUGAUGGAGGGGGCGGGUGAUAUACCUCAAAGGGGCUCGCGGUGCGGCAGGGUGCUGGGAGGAGGCCGAAAGGUGCUGCCCGGGCUGGUGACAGGUCCGGGCUCAGGAUCCCCUGGCGAUGGGUACGAUCCGUCCAGGCCCGAACCCUUCCCCUCCUGCUCUGCAGAACCCGACUGGAACAGCGGCUCGGCCGGUGCCGCAGCCCCGCUCGCUGCCCAGGGCAGCCUGAAAACACGCUCUGGUGCCAACGUCGAUUUUUAAUGUUGAAAGGAGGAAGAAAAAAAAAAAGUGCCUUUCCUAAGGCACCGCUUCUUUAUUUAUUGCCUUGUGUUGAGUUAAUGUAAAACUCUGCCAGCACUGGAUUUCCCUGCCUCAGUGGAAGCUUCCCGGCCCUGCUGUCUCGCGCCGGGGAGGAGCUGGUGCCCGUCGCUGUGCGAGCGGCGGCUCGACGCUCCUUUGCACUACGUUGCCUCGUGUUCUCCGGCCCCUUCCCAGGCCCGGCAUCUCUGUAUUUUCUCCUCGUUGCUCCGGCGUGGUCCAGAGAAAAUUAAAUUAAAAGCAGAAUGAAGA